AUGGUUGAGCGAUCAUCACCUCUGAUUUGCAACAUUGCAGAAAAGCCGCAUAAUCCGCUGAUCAACGCUGGAGCAAUCGUGGUGGCGUCUCUGAUGAAACGUCAUGCCUCACUAUCAGAUCGCUUUGACUUUGCUAUUCACCAAAUGAGGCGAUUUUGCGGUUCCGGCUACGUGGGCUUUAACAACGCUGUGUGA